GGUUUCUUAGGCUUCGUCGGGGGUAGGGGGGAAGGAGGCGGUAACCAUGGCGUCCGCGGCUCAGGCGAAGGCGGCCGAGCUGCAGUUGCAGAUGCGGCACAACGCCGAGGAGCUGCACGACUUCCUGCGCGACAUGGAGGCGUGGGAGGGCGACAUCAAGAGCAAGGACGCGCAGCUGCGGGGCCAGCAGGCCGGUGGAGACGCCGCGAGCGCGCUAAACUUGCCGCCAGUGAGAAAUAAAGAUCUAAGGAGGAAGAAGAGAAAGAAGAUAGAUAAUACCGCUUCAGACUGCAUAGAGAACGGAGUGAAGCAUGGGAAAUCGGAGGCCCGCAUCAAAUCUUAUGACUACAGUGCAUGGGACAAGUUUGAUGUGGAGAAGGCAGUGGCAGAGACGGACCGGGACAGCACGCCCGAGUGCGAGACUGAGGAGGACGAAGAUGAGGAAGUAGCAGAGCGCAAGAAGUACGAGGAGCUGCGGGCGAAGCAGCAAGCGCUGAUAGAGAAAGACAAGGGUAAUGAGUACUUUAAGACCGGGGAUUAUGACGCCGCCACCGAUUGUUACACCCGCGGGAUGGAAGCCGAUCCUCACAAUGCACUCUUGCCGGCCAACCGUGCGAUGGCCUUCCUCAAGCUAAAGAAGUAUGAACUGGCUGAGUCGGACUGCAACCUGGCCAUCCAGCUGGAUCCAUCCUACCCGAAGGCCUUCGCACGCAGGGGAGCCGCACGGCUUGCGCUCAACAAACUGAAGGAAGCCAGAGAAGACUUUGAAGCAGUGCUCACGUUUGAUCCUGUAAACAAACAGGCCAUUGCAGAACUUGAGAAAAUCAAAGAGAUGAUUGAGAAAACAGCCAAGUCUGGCGCAAGUCAGACAUCAGUCACAACGCCAAGGCAAGACGCGGGGACGAGGGAAUGUUCAAGUGUUUCAGUCACAACUCCAAAACCCGAAGCUGCUGAGACAGAACCCAGCAACGUCGUCCAACCGUUCACAAGGCAGCCGCAUCUGAGGUCCAAGAAACCACUGCGGAGGAUGACGAUCGAGGAAGUUGGGAGUGACAUGCAGCCAAAAUUGGUACAAAGCGUGGAGGGGACUGGCUUAAACGCAGAAGGCGUUCACACACCACCAUCACCGCCGCAGCCGCCACCAGCUGCGCAGCCGCAGCCAUCGUCGGCGGGUGUGCGAGACUGUGGGAAGGAGGAAAAAAAGGUUCAGGCGUCCGUGAAGGUGGCAGACGGGGAGGAAGCGGAGGUGACCGGUGGAGCUGUUGGAGAUGAGGGGGACAUGCGGCGUCAUGGCGAUCGGAGGGUGACGGGCAGCGAGCAGCCUGGUGUGAUCUUGUCGGUGGCAGCAAGAGACGAGGGGAGGACACAGCAGAGACUGCCAGAUACACAGAAGAGCAUCCCGAUGACCUCUGACCUAGCCCAGACUGUGUCCGUGCCUCCGCCCCCGUCCAACUCCUUCCAGCUGGAGUCCGACCUGCGUCAACUUAAGGGACGUCCGAACCUCCUUUACCAAUACGUCAAGCAAAUAGCGCCGAUCGCAUUUCCCCAAAUAAUGCAGCGACCUCUGGAGCCAGAUAUAUUGUACAAGCUGCUCAACGUGCUCAAGGAGUCCUACAUCCCACACGAAGACAAGUCGCUCAUCUUCGCGGUGCUGCACAACCUGUCGCUCGUGCGCCGCUUUGACAUGGCCGUCAUGUUCAUGUCCACAACGGAGAAGGCCGUCGCCCGAGCGUUAUUUGAUCACAUUGCGUCAGCGGAGGACAUCAGUGGCGCAAGUGUGACUGCUUUGAAGACAAAAUACAGCCUCUGAACUGGCCCCGUGGCUCCCAGUUUGCAUGGCCAGUGGAAAACCAGAGCCAAUUCACGCUGGAACGUCCCUAUCACUGUGAAGUCUGCUCCUCUGGUCUGUGACUUCGCUUGGACGCGCCGUUUGAGCUCCACCCAAAAAGAAAAAAGUGACUUGUGUGUAAAAAAAAAAUGUAUGCACUGUAAAUUGGAAUAGUGGCCAGGCAACCACUCAAGCUGAUGGUUGAAUUCAUUGGUAACAUCUUUCAUGACCGUAUGUGUUGUGUGGUUUUUAUUUUAUUUUAAUAAAUGAUUCCCAAGUUACCCAUC